GAUGAAAGAAACUACUAUAAAUAUUCGCUAUCGAAUAUACAUAAUUGGAAAAGGAAAAUGGAAAUAAUGUAAGAUGAAAUGAGAAAACUGGAUUGGACUUUUUGUAAAACAAAAUAGUGAAAAUAAUAAAUACCAAAGAAAUGAAAAUACUAACGACAAGGCAGUAAGGCCCCUGGCUAUAGCCUGUUCGAAAGAACGAAUUAAUAUAAAAAAAAAAAUGAAUGAGUUGCUAUGGCGGCAGAUUUAGAUUUCAAAUCGAACCAAACAAAAUUUAAUAUUAUUAAUUUAUUAAAUUAACAACAAAUAACUCCUAAGCCUAUGAUGCGUUUUUUCAUACAGUGCACCGUUAAUAUUUGAUAUGAUGGAUUGAUGAACCGUGUUUCAGUAAUAACGUUUAAGAUAUUAUGUGAUUAAAAAAUUUUAGUUUAUUUAACAUAGGUACGCAAUGAACGAUGGAAAAAAACAAUAACAACAGUAAUGAUCCGUGCAACAAUCAUAAUGCUAGGUCGGAAAAAAUUAUGCACAGAGUGUGCCCAUCUAAGUUAAGCAAGCGUGAAUUAGAAGACUUGUACUACUCUUUGUUAGAAAACAAUGCAGAUUUAAAGAAGGCUGUAAACCUGCAAAAGGAUCAGAUUAGAGUUCUAACAACUAAGUUGCAGAGACUCAGUGUUCAAAAGCCGUUAAAUAGAGAACAGAGAGAAUGUUGCAUACACACCAGGGGUAUUAUAAAUGAGCAAAAAGAAAUGAUUAAUGAUUUGAAAAAGACAAAUGAAAAAUUAAAUGAAAGGAUCCGAUCACUUAACAUGCGACUAUGCUCAGUGAAGCAAUUUCUGAAUAAGAGUCCCAAUCAAGGUCAAUCCUUGAGCGCCAGAUAUUGCAAUAGUGCUUCAUUGAGAAAUACAUCUACCAUCGGGCUGAACAUCAAGGGAAGUGAAGCUAAUAUGAAGUCGAAAAGUAAUACUGUGUCUUGUCAAUGUCUUAAUAUGUCUGUAAUGCAGGCAGCUGCAGCGGGACGUUCGCCUGUUGUUCAACCAGAGAUGCCGGUAAAAUUAUCAGCUGAACCAAAAACCGGUGAUAAACAGCAGGAGGAAGAAAAUGACAAAAUGGAGGAGUGCUAUCAGAAUAAAUGCAGAACUCUUGUGGAGGAGUUUAAACAAAAGAUCCUGAAUCUAGAGCAGGAACUCAUUUGGAAUCAGGAACAAUAUACACGCACGAUCCGGAACCUCGAGGAAAGCCUGGGUGAGCUCCAAGAGAAGUACACCUCCAACAGGGCUGAGAAGAUGUCCAGUGAGGUGCGUCUCCAGCAACAGCAGGCCAUUGCUGCUGGGCUGGCGCAGAAGCUGAAAGAUGCCGAGAUGCAGCAAGACAACAUGUCCGUCCAACUGAGCCUGGAGAAGCACCGUGCCAGCGAGCUGGAGAUGCGGCUCAAGGCGGCUGAGAGCUCGGCUGACGUGUCACGUGCUCUCGCCGCCCGUAUGGAGACUAUUAAUAAACCGGAUGUAAACAGUACCGAUCUUUCGGGCGGCCAAUUCGAGAGGAUGUCCAACCCGGACGAGUCCUCGAUGUACCAGUGUCCAUUCCAAGUGCCAGUGCCGAACAAUUCCGAAUCUUCUCCUCAUCAACGGCCGUCCAAGACUAGUUUGGCGAGCCCGGACAAAUGCAAACAAUCCUUAGACUCGGGCUACAGCGGAAACUCGUCUGCAGAAUCUGAAUGUAAGUAGACAUCUCGAACAAGUGAGCCAGAAUCGAGGAGCCAGAACCGGCGAAUCCCCACUACUGUGAGCCAGAACCGGCGAAUCCCUACUACUACAAAGGAAGCAAACUAUUGUCUUGAACAAGAUAGCGGACCUCCAAACGCAGUUGGACGAGUUGAAACAGACGUUUGGUGAAAGAAUGGACCAUAGUGACACUGUAGCAAAUAGUGAUAUCCAACAAGAGUCAAGGAGGCAGAAAAGUAUCACACCUUGUGCACCAUCGACGUCAAGAGCUGCAACACAAUCAAAGGUUUAUUUUCCACCAGAGCAAGAUGAUUUCAUAAAAUUACCCGAGAAAGCUCCAACUAAACCAAACAUACCUGCCAGAACAAGCCAAAUACUUACAGACGCUGAUACCAAAUUGAGCAAAUUGAGUAAAGAUAAAGCUGACAGUGAGAUUUCCUCUGAUGUCAAACAACCCACAAUAAGUGGCGAUCUCUUCGAUGAUAGUUCUAUGGAGUUAGAAAGAAAUUCAGGUAAAUAUGACGAUGUUGAAGGUAAAGUGAAAGGAAUAAGGAGAAAGAUGUCAAACAGCCUUUUACUUGUUACUGAUGAACUAACUUAUAAAGAAUCGAAAUCACAAAUAACAUGUAACGAUGAUUUCAAGGAAAACAUCACUAAAGUAAACGGUAGAACUGUCAAUGAAACUUUAGACAUGAAUAGUGAUGCUUCAAAGUCUAGACAAGGGGAGUCAUUUUCAAAACCAACUUCUGUUAAGGUGGUAGAAUGUAAACAUAUCGCAGUACAGAGCAACGAUUUGGGAGUUACUAAGUAUGUGUCAACUGGUGUUGAUCCGAUCCCGAUCGGCGACGAAAAUGUUGAAUCACCGAAGAAAGACACUGAGACAGUACAAGGGAGUGGGAGUCGUUUAGAGGCAAGAGACAUAUGCGAGCAUUCGGUGCGGGUGUGUACGUGCCAGACGAUGCCUCGUCGCGACGCGCCCGUGUUCCGAACGUGUAGCGGGACGCUCCGGUUCAGCUCGCCGCUCGACACCAAGUUCCGCCAGUGCGCCUGCGGAAUACCACGUGCUAUCAACUUCGAUAAUAGAGAAAAUCAAUCGACGGCUGGAGAGCUGCUCUCCAAUAAGACGCCACUUUCCUCCAUCUCGCCGAAUGCAGAGACUGGUUCGCCGGAUAAUACUGAGAGGGAAAUUUUCUCGUAUCCUGACCUACCCUCAGAGAGAGAUGGUCGGUCCCCGGAAAGCCGCGUGUCGCCAGGCCAGGUGAUGGACGAUGACCGCAACACAAUGAACGGGUACACGCCUUCUUCCACCGCCGACUACGGCUCGCUCAGCGAGGGCGAGCUACCUGUCAACGCGCGUAGAAGACGCUCAGUUGGAGAAACGCAGUUUUCCGAUAAAACUACUUCGUCUAUUAACAGAUCAACGUCCGCAGAAGAAAAAAUGGAGGAUGCUCUGCGGGCUAUCGGCAUGGAGUUAUCCCGCUGCAGGCACCUUCUGCAGAAGCACAAUUCCAGAGAGAUGCUGGCAGCUUGGCAGUAGUUAGCAUUAGGUAACAGUAACUUAUGUAUAGUUCUUGCAUUGUAUGUGUAGAGUAGAGUACUGUAAUUAUAUUGUAUAUACAAAUAUGUUAUAAAUAUGUUCUUGGGAUUAAAAUAAUGCAGACUG